AUGGACGAAAAAUUAACUCUUACACACACUCAAUAUGUUCCUAAAUUUCCCAAGUUAUCAGGAAAAUUAUCUGAGACUUAUCUUAACUUAAUAGAAACAUACUUUGAAGGACAUAUUGAGUCAGACUCAUCUAAAGUUAGGACACUACUAUGCAGCUUACCAAUUGAGAUUGUAGACCAAGUUACGUCGAUAUGUUCUAAAGCACAGUUAAAAGAUUUUAAUAUUGUUUUUGGUAAAUUGAAACUGUUAAUUCCAAGUGAGGACAUUAAUGUAAAUAUAAAGAACUUUAACUUAGCGGUACAAGGUGCCGAGGAGUCUUUCCAUACUUUUUAUUUUAGAAUUUCAAAACUUCAUAAAAAAUGCGAUUUUGAUAACGAUACAAGAAUGAUUGAGAAAUUAAUAACUUGUUCUUUAAAUGAUAAUAUCAGAAGGAAGUUAAAUAAACAUAAGCACGAAGGUUUAGAUAAGAUGAUGAAAUUAGGAGUGGAGUUAGAUGGCAGCAAUAUUAAACCAGACGUUAGCGAUACAAAUUAUGUAGACAAUGAUAAAAAAUUGUAUAAAAAUAAAAAGUUUUACAAUUUAAACAUGGAUAAAAUACCAUGCAAAAGUACUUUUAGUAAUAAUGAGAAUAAUUCUAAUGAUUAUGAACAUAAUAAUUUUAAAGAAAAUAAUUUUAAUUAUAAUGGACGUAACACUCAUAAGGAAAAUUUUGAUUUUAAGAAGAGGAAUUAUAAUGAUUUUAGGCCUAAUAAUAGUGCUAGCCGAAACUAUCAAAACAAUAUUUUUCGAGACAGUGAGGGUAACUCUAGAAAUUUUCGUAAUAACCAAUCUUCGAAUAACAAUUAA